UGAAAGUGCUGGGAGAGAGAUCGGAGCGUCAUGGCGAUAGAGGCAGGAGGUCGAGGCUGUGGAGUUCAUGAGCUCAUCUGCGUCCGGCGAGUAACCAGCUCUCAGUGGAGCCCUCGGACAGCCUGGCCUGUUUUGAAGGGUAUAAGACGGAGCUGAAAGAAAAUAGUAUGAGGUGAAGCAGGAGACUCAUAGCAAAGGCAGACAUGGCGUUCUUCAAAAGCUUCCAGCAGAGCCUCCCCUCCGUCUCGUCCCUCCUUGACUCUGUAUCCAACACUGUGUCCAGCACUGUGGAUGACCUAGCCACUGCCGUAAGUGAUGUCACUUACACAGUGAGUGACCAGCUGACGGAGCAGGUCAACACCAUCAUCAAUAAGGUGCAGACUGAGGAAGAGGAAAGGUUGAAGAAGGAGGAAGAGUCUGAGUCUUCAGCACCUGAAGGAAAGCAGAAAGAAAGACGAAACAGCAGACUAAAGAGGCAGGAGACUGAGGCAUAUGGUGCAGAAUAUGGUGACGGAACAGGACGGAAAGGCCACAAGAUCGACAAGAGCCAGUCUAACUUCAAAAGGAAUGCCUUUAUAGAUGAGGAGGAGGAGAUAAGAGAGAGAGAGAAGCAGGAGCAGGAGAGGAAGAAUGAGGAAGAGGAGUGGGAGUGGUGUUAUGCCCCUUCCAAAGGAUGGUAUCGCAAAAAAAGAGACCCAAACGAAAGCCAGAACACUGAGAAUGUGAAUCAGGAUGCUAAAGAAGAGGAACCUGGAGGAGAAAAGAGAAAUAAUAGACAAAAUGCAGAUGGAUCCACCCAAGAUGAAGAAACAAAGAAGAAACAGCACAUAAUUGAAGAACAAAACGAUCAAGCCAGUCUUUCCAAAGCCUCUGCAGAAACAAAAGCCUUAUCUGAUGAUGAAGACCAAGAGGAGCGUCCAGAAACAUGCAAGAGAUCCACCCAAGACCAAGAUGAAGAAGAAGAUGAGUCUGGCAAAAGAAGAAAGAGCAAAGACAAGGACAAAAAAGGUGGCCAAGAAACCUGUAGAAACUCUGGAUCCUCUAAAUCCAGGAGAACAGACGGUAAAGAUGGAAGCAGUUUGGAAAGAGGUUCCUCAGAGAGCGAGGACGAGACACCAAAGAAGCUGAAAGACCAGAAGCCAAAAGCCAACGGCUGGGAGAACAGGGACCGGUACUCAGCUGAAAACGAGGGCUACAGCAGCGAGGCCUCUGCAGAGCAGGGCACCAACACCCAGAGGACAAGACGCCCCAGUCCUCUGAACGAACUGCAGCCGCCCCCUUACCAGGCUCAGGACGACCCGCAGCACGGUCAGUCUGAGGGCAGCGAAGAAGAGGAGGAGGAAGACACGGAAAGCUACUUAAACAAGGGGUAUGAUGAGGAUGCCCCCAGCGAGAGCACGGCCGUGCUGGGCCCGGAGGACUCCUCAGUGGCCCGAGUGCCAGAUUUUUAUGAGCCAGAGGUUCUAGGGAAGUAUGGUACGCUGGACGUUGCAUUUGAAUACGACUCGAGUACACAACACCUGGCUGUGACAGUAACUGCUGCUACUGAUAUCCCAGCACUAAAGACCACAGGCAACAUCUCCUGGCAGGUCCACCUGGUGCUGCUGCCCACAAAGAAGCAGCGUGCCAAGACUGGGGUGCAGAAGGGGCCGUGCCCUGUCUUCACUGAGACUUUCCGUUUCUCCCCGGUGGAGCAGGAUGCACUGAGAGAGUAUGCUGUCAGGUUUCGCCUCUACAGCGUCCGGCACAGAAAGAAGGAAAAAGUUCUUGGGGAAAAGGUGUUUUACCUGACCAAACUCAAUCUGCAGGGCAAAACAGCACUGCCUGUAACACUGGAGCCUGGAUCCGCAGUCCCUGGCUGUGGGUCGUUGGUAAGUGUGUCACGCAGCGUGGGUGCUUUGUCCUAUCACUCCACCGGUGAGUCAUCCACUCCAGAGCUGCUGCUUGGCUUACUCUACAACUCCAGCACCGGCAGGCUCGCUGCUGAGGUCAUCAAAGGCAGCCACUUUAAAAACUCUGCCACUGACCAGCCGCCCAGUGGCCUCUUCUGCUGUAUAAAGCGCUUUAUUGGGGGGCAGUUGUAUAUUAUGCGAGACACAUAUGUGAAGCUGGUCAUGCUGGACUCGAAGGGAAAAGAGAUGUCUAAGUGUAAGACGUCUGUUUGCCGUGGUCAGCCAAACCCCACCUAUAAGGAGACCUUCAUGUUCCAGGUGGCGCUGUUUCAGCUGUCAGAGGUGACACUACAGGUGAUGGUGUACAGUCGACGCAGCAGCAUGAGACGAAGGGAGCGGGUGGGCUGGGUUUCGCUCGGCCUCAACAGCACUACGGAGGAGCAGGAGGAGCACUGGGCCCAGAUGAAGGAGGCUGAGGGCCGGCAGGUGUGCCAGUGGCAUACACUCCUGGACUCUUAGGAUGGAGAAUGGACUCGAAAGAGUGGAUUGUAGAGGUGAGAGGAGUCACAAUCUGUUGGCUUAAGUAGGGAAAGACACAGAAGUGUCAUAAAACGGGUUAUUCCAACAGUUAAAAUAUGUUUCAAAAUGGUGAAAAACUGCUAUCACUAGUUGAUGACCUAUGAUUGGUUGGGAAAAGGCACAUAAAGAGCAGUUUUGCUAAAGUAAGCUGCUAACUUAUGUAGGUUUGAUGGGAAAGGGCAUUAAAAUGUCAGAAAUACGUUAAAUAUAGCCUGUACCCUAGGUUGUAAUAAGCCAAGUGAAGCCAUGAAAAGUUUAGAAAACUGCUACAGCCAGCUUCCUGCAUUUUUGUCGGAGAGAGGGCUAAAAUGACAAGAAACAGCUAAAUCUAUUUGCUAACCUGUUCUGGUAAAAACAACAUAAAAUAAGGACAAACAGCUUUUUUGUUGAGUAACAGACAUGUUGAGAAGCUGCUUAAGUUGCUCUUUAGAACCAAGGUUUUGGUAUUAGACAGCAUAAACAUAUUGGAAAGCUAACCUAGCUAACCUGUCAACCCAGCUUUCAGUGGAAAAUGGCUUGGAAUGAUCAGGACACUGCUAAAGUUAACUGUUACAAUGCUACAUUUUAAUAGGAGAAUAUCUCUUUAUAGUGUGGAAAAGUAUCAAAAGCACUGUGUGCAGAGGGAUAAUUUCUGGCAUAAUCAGCAUUAGAAAUGGACUGCCCUGCAAGAUAUCGGCGUGGAGAAAAGCGUCCUUACACAGGAACUGAACAAUUGAAGAGAAAAAUAGGAGCCCUGGUGUGGCACUGAAGAACAACCUCAUUUUCACGAAGGCUAUGCAUCUGAACUUAAACCAACAACCUGCCACCAAGUUGCACCAUGACUUUGCUGGAAACCUGAGACUGUUUAACGACUUGCAACACUUCCUCCUUGAGCCAGUUGGCUAAGCAAAGUGAGGAAACAUGAUUUUCAGGUUUGAUUUCCAAUAUGCAUGAAAUUUACUGCCAUUGUAAACAGAGAUAAGCAUUUUAUCGCAAACCAGCCAGCGUAGGACCAACAAGCAUGUGACUUAAUUCUUACUCUUCUAAAAGGGAUGUGUUCACCGUACACCACACCAGCACUGCAGCUACAUGUAUACACAAGUGGAGUCCAUGCUGUAUACUAAUUAUAUGGGGCUAUCUACUGUAUGAAUCCAGUAUGCAGCUUCACAAAAAAACUUUUUCCUGCAUCAGGCCAGUCUAUGCAAAAACAACAAACUGGUGUGAGCUGGUCUGAGAAAGUGAUGACUGAGGAUUUUCUCUUAAAAAAACUGGAUUUCACUCUCUUACAACUCCAAAAUGUUUUCUAAAAAUAAAAAGUUUGCACUGGACAAUCUAGUCUGUUGUGGUUUGUAAUAAGUGAAAUACAAUACACAACAAUGUUAAACCGUAUCAAAGCUCAGCCUUCUUU